UAAGGUACGCGCCAGGGGUGUGGAUACUGGAGGGGUGCUUGUUGACUGGAGUCCGAAGCCGAGACAAUCGAACUCCUCAAUCGUUAUCAGGCAAGAAGCUGGGUUCGGACAAUGACCAACACCGUUCAAUCUUCGAUCGUCAAUCUCGCCGCAACCUUAGGCCAGAUCGGGAAGCUCGAGUUUCGUGUUAGGGACGCGAUCAGUAGUGUCGUAUUGGCCUCCAACGAGGAAUUCGAAGCACAUUGUAUCAGGGAUGCGGAUGAGGCCGAACUAUCACUCUUCCAGCCGGCGUCCGACCAUAACCAUCGAGAAGGGGAAGAAAUUGGUUGGGCUUCUGGCCCAGCCGUCGUCAGAGCCCAGCCGAUCGUCGAUAGUCUUCCGGAUCUCAAAAAGCUCUCCAAAGCUCAUUCUAACCCUGGUGACACGGCUGUCACAAACAGCUACUUGAUGGCGAUAAAGAAACUGUUGGACGUCUAUCCUCAACCACGCUUGGCAGAACACGUGGAAGCCCUAUCAAGACAGUUAGACACCCUUCAAGGAUCCAUCUCAGAAAUGCAGAGCACUUUAAACUCAAUGACCAAUCAAUCUCAAAGCAGAAAGGCCCCAGCAGCCAAGAAAAAACUCAAAACGAUACCCAAAAUAAAAACAAAGAAAAAGUCCAGCAACCAACAGGCACUAGAAGAAAUUGAAGACUUGAUCCAACACGAACAACUUGAAAUCUUAGCUCUCACCGACCUGCGUGACGAGAAACGCGUCGAGCUUCGAAAGAUAUCUGAAAAAAUCACGCAAGCCGAAUUCAAAGCAAACGCGGUCCUAUCACCUCAAAAAUUGAAAGCAAGGAAGACACCGUCCAAGACAAGGUCGAUCAUGUCCGAUGCCAAUGAUCCCUUUGUUCUGAGUCGAACCGAAUCCCUGCGGCGCUCGAUACGAAGGAUUCAAAGCCCUCACAUACGCAGUGAGCUUCCGUCGAGUGGUUUAAGGCCGGCCGCACUUGACCAAGGCGAUGACAACAAUAUGCCUAAUACACCCACACCGAAAUCGGUUUCGCAAAAACAAUUAGAAAGGAAUCUUACCCAAUUACGAUCUCGUGCGAACCUACAAUCGAGAAAGCUCCAGCAGAGUGCUUCCCCGCCUAGACCGACCAAUCCACCCGCACCCGAGCCCUCGUUACCUUCAUCGACCCCGGUCGAUCAACCGGACCCCUCUCCAUGUGAGACUGUAGAGGCUCCUCAGAUCCCUGAAUCUAGGUUAAAGACCGUCCAUCGAUUGAAUGCCGCUUUUUGGAACUCCGCCACAAUGAUCGAGCCACUUCUUGAGCUUUGCCAAAACCUCAAAGAGCAACGCCAAAAAGGAGAUAGUCAAGUGGCCUACCAAGAUACGAUUUUUGCGCUGAAUCGUCUGCUCGAAGCCUACCCCACAUCACCAUUAACGCCAGCCCAAUUGAUCGAAGCAGUACUGUACAAAGAUCUCUUAGAGGGACUGUCGUCCUCGUCCGCAGGAUCGACCCCACAGAGCUUGGAAGUCUUGUCCCACGAAGGCGAAUGGUGUGUGGCCCUCGAGGCUGUCAAGACUCUUCUCGUGAAAGCUUGCGAAAGGUUCGCCGUCGAUGCCAGCUUGAAUAGGACGGUCGUCUAUUUCUUGGUUGGCAAAGGCGUCAUUCGUAUCGAACGCAGAGCUUCUCCUAUUGCUAUCUGUAUUUGUUGAUGAAGAAGACCUUCAAUUGUAUGCUACUCUUCAAUACAUGCACCGGUGUACAAUUAGUUUGUUUGCUUUUGUCUCAGUAAGUCGCAGCUUGCGAUCUCUAUUACUGAACUGCUCAACUGUGGUAUAAACCAAAACCCGACAAACACUGCUCAAUUCCUCUUCUCUGGUGCUGUCCCGGCCUGUGUAGAAUCAGACUUGCUAAACGUGUAAAACAAGAGAGCCCCUAGUUGAUCAAAAACAUAGAAAAGCACAA